GCUGCAAUGGCGUACCAUCCUUUCCCAGCUCGUCGACCCGGUGCCUUGCCCCUGUCAGCCUUCCUGUCCGCCGCCCAGCCCUCCUUCUUCACCGCGCUGGCUUUCCCGGACGCGUCCUCUCUCACGGAGCCCGUCCCGGAGCAGGCUGCCUCCGAGGCGGGGCUGCGCGCGGCUCUGCGCCGCCAGCAUCCGAGCCUCCACCCGCGGUCCACCACGAGCCUGCAGCCAGAGGCGGCGGCGCUGGAGGAUGACCCGAGCGUCACUCUGGAUUCCAAGUGUCUGUGGAAUGAGUUUCACGAAAUGGGAACAGAGAUGGUCAUCACGAAGUCUGGAAGGAGGAUGUUCCCGCCUUUCAAAGUGAGGGUGCAGGGGCUCGAUGAAGCAGCCAAGUACAUCCUGUUGAUGGACCUCGUCGCCGUCGACGACUGCCGCUAUAAGUUCCACAACUCUCGCUGGACGGUGGCCGGGAAGGCCGACCCGGAGAUGCCAAAGCGCAUGUACAUCCACCCAGACAGCCCGUCCAAAGGGGAGCAGUGGAUGAGCAAGCCUGUCGCUUUCCAUAAACUCAAACUCACCAAUAAUAUAUCGGAUAAGCACGGAUUUACAAUUUUGAACUCGAUGCAUAAAUAUCAGCUCAGGUUUCACAUCGUCAGGGCCAACGACAUAAUGAAGCUUCCCUACAGCACCUUCCGGACUUAUGCAUUCCCUGAGACGGAGUUCAUCGCUGUCACUGCCUAUCAGAAUGAAAAGAUAACGCAGCUGAAAAUCGACCAUAACCCCUUUGCCAAAGGGUUCCGGGCCACCGGGAAUGGGAAGCGAGAAAAGAGAAAUAAUCAGCUGAACGUGUCUUUGAUGCACGAGAGCCGAAGCAAAGCGCACCGAGACAGUGCAGAGUCCGAGGACUCGUGUGAGCUGCCCUGUAGCAGUGAUCCCUUCUGUUCCCCUCUGGAGCUGGUGAGCAGCCCCCUGAUGUCCACCCCAACCUGCUUUGAUGAGAACAACACUGGUGGUGAUUCAGAUAUUGAGCUCCAGCACGAGGACACUGCAGAAGCCAGCUGCUCCCGGGAUGAACCUACUCCUACUCUGAGUCAGAGAGGCGAGGAGCUACUGCGGAACAGGUCGGCUCUCAGCAAGAGUAACGACAAUCAGGACGCAACAAAAGAAAGAGCAGCGUUUACACCCUCAGAUGAGAUGUACUGCGGGGAGAUGGACUCUUCAAAGAAUCACCUGAGUGAUACCGAAGACGGGGUCGUGCCUGUGAGUCCGUCGUCAUCCCUCAGCGACGGACACCUUCAGACUUUGGAUUUUGCAGGUGCACACGGCCAACAGUUUCUUAAGCUUGGGGCACCCUUGUUGUUUCAUCCGGGACAGUUGUCAGGGAAACCGGAGAGUUUCCCCACUGCGGGAAUGGGACAUCUUUUUUCCUCUUUGUCUGGACUAAAUGAACUAGAAAACGGAGGCCUGCCUCCUCAGAGCAUCACCUCUACAUCUCCCUUCAUGUACCACCUGUCACAGCACAUGCUGGCAUCUCAGGGACUCUCACUGUCACCGUUUGGAGGAUUGCUGUCGUACCCGUACCACUACAUGGCAGCCCCGGCAGUGAUCAACCCGGCUCUGCCCAAUUCUGCCAGAAACCACUGUUUCCGCAGCUCCCGGUCGCCUUGGUUGCGUUUCAGCCCCUAUCACAUCCCGACAUCUGCCACUUCAAGCCAAAGCCUGUUCACGGACAGAUCAUCUGGGGGCUCGAACUCAUUGUCGGAGCUGUCCAAGUCAAACAGCAGACAGUCAGGUCAACUGUGCAGCAAUCACAGCCACAAACCCACGGCUAAGCAGAGGACUCCUGCACAUAAAACCCCUGUUAAGGGUUCAAUGGAUGAACUGCAGAACGUAUAUAAUCUGGUUAUUGAUAAACCACAUACUCCCUAA